AUGUCUCUAAAAUAUUCAGAUCUCUAUGAAGAAUUAGAGACCAUAGGAAGUGGAAGUUAUGGUAUAUUGAUAUCUCAUUAUAUAUAGGAUCUGCAUAUUUGGUCAAGAAUAAAAAAACUGGUCAAUUGUCUGUGGCUAAAAAGGUUCAUUUGGGUAAACUAUCAGAAAAAGAGAAAAUAAGUGCAUUGAGAGAAGCAGAACUAUUAAAAAGUUUAGAUCAUCCCAACAUAGUCUAAUAUAUGGGAAGUUUUGCAGAUAGUAGUUAAUUAAUUAUAUUAAUGGAAUAUUGCGAAGGUAAAUUAUAUAAUCUUAUAAACAACUUUAGAAGGAGACUUACAAUAUCAUAUAAAAAAAAGAAAGUAAGGUAAAUAAAUACAAUACUUUCCUGAAAAAAUGAUUUUGAAUUGGUUUAUCUAAUAAUUAUUUGCUCUAUAAUUUAUCCAUUCAAAAAAGAUAUUACAUAGAGAUAUUAAAACAAGCAAUAUAUUUCUUACUUCAAAUGGAACAGGUAUUAAAUUAUAUUAUUAUUCUUAGUUAAACUUGGAGAUUUUGGUGUUUCUAAAGUAUUAGAAAGUACUAUAGAUUAAGCAUCAACUGUUGCUGGUACUCCUUAUUAUAUGAGGUAUUUAAGUUUUUCUGAUAAUAGUCCAGAAGUCUGUGAAAAUAAACCUUAUACUUUUAAAUCAGAUGUUUGGGCUCUUGGAUGUGUUUUACAUGAAUUAUGCACUUUCAAACAUGCAUUUGAUGCUAAGAAUAUAUUAAGUUUGGUUACUAAAAUUUUAAAUGGUCAAACUGAAACUUUACCUUCUCAUUAUUCAAAAGAUUUACAAUAAUUAAUUCAUAGACUUCUUACCAAAUAAGUUUAAUCACGUCCUCUUGUUGCUGAAAUUAUUAAUAUGCCUUUUAUUCAAUCUGUUAUGCAAGAUUUUAUAAGAAGUGGAGGAAAAUAAAAUUUUUGUUCAGUUGUUGGAGUUAAAAAAAUUAAAUAACAUGAAAUUUAAGCACAUAAUUAACAUUAAAUUUAAUUAAAUUAGAUAACUCAAUCUAAAUAGGAUUAAGAAUCUUAUGAACAUUCUCUUAAAGAUGAAAUAAAUAAAGAAAAGGAUGAUGAAAUUAAUAAUUAGACUGUAAUAUCUUAAUAAUUAACUAAAAGUAAGACUUUUAAAAAUAUAUAGAGUAGAUUGAUAAUGCGAGUAGAUAUACUAUAGGUGAAACAAUUAUGAGUUAAGCAUCAUAAUUUUUAGAAUCUGAACCAAAAUAAAUAUCUCCAAAAUCUAUUUUAAGAUUAAAGAAAGAAUAAGAAACCUAAUAAAAAAUAGAAAUGUUAUCAAAAGCAGCUUAAAAUAUUAGUCAAUAAAAUUAAAAGUAGGCUGAAUUAAGAAAGAUUUAAAAUCUUUAUGGAACUCAAUCAUAAUUUUAUCAAUAAAAAUAAUAAGAAAUAUAAUAAACUACAACAUAAUAAUAAUUUUAUUAAAAAUAGUAACAAAUAGAAUCACCAUUAUAGAAAAGUUCAGUUUAAUAACAACAAUAAUAAUAAUAGAUUAAAUAAUAAUAAUAAUAAUAAUAAUAAUAAUAAUAAUAAUUUUAAAAUCCUAAUUUUGAUCAGAGUCUAUAAUCCUCUUCUAAAUUUAAACCAAUUGAUGAAUAAGUUAUGAAGAAAAGUUUAUUAAGUUUAAAGUAGAAAUAAGCUUAGAAAAGAGAAUAAUCUUCAAAAAAUUAAACAAUGGAUCAUUAAUAUGAUGAAUAUCCAGAAGAUUUUGAAUAUUAUGAUGAUUUUGAAGAUUAUGAUUCGGAUAAUGAAUUUUAAAAUGAAACAGUUAUUAAUGAAGAAAUUUUAGGUGAUGAAAUGGAUGGUACUAGAUUGACUCAAAGAUAAUCUGAUUAAGAUUUAUAAAAUGUAGUUGAAGUAUACAAAAAUGAAUUAGCAAAAGCUAAAAGUGGUAAUGAUACUCUAGCAGGUAAAUAAUUAAUUUAAUUAUUAUAUAGAAAUAUAAGAAGAACCUGAAUCUUCGUAUUCUUCUAGUUUUUAUAAGACUGAUGAGAAAUUUAAACCAAAAAUUUCAAUGAUAGAAAACCUUAAAAAGAGUAUUUUGCAAUAGAUCCCUUAAGAUUUAUUUAAUUUUGCUUACAAUAGAAUUUUAAAAGCAAUUGAGAAUAAACAAAGUUCUUAAGAAGUACAUCUUAUUAAAAUUAUUCGGUAGAUGUACAAAGAUUUAAAACAGAUUUUGGGGAAAAAGUAUUCAGGAGCUGGAUUUUAAAUAGAAUAAUUGAUAUAUCAGGAACAAUUAUAUAAACACUUUCAAAACUGA